ACCUGAAGAUGUACGCAAACUGAAUCUUCCACCUGAACAUGUCACUAGAACUCCAUCAGGGGAAACAUUUGUUAAGCAGAGCUUGCAAAAGGGUAUACUUCCAGAAAUUCUCGAAGAGCUUCUUACUGCCCGUAAAAGAGCCAAAGCAGAUUUAAAGGAGGCUAAGGAUCCCCUUGCAAAGGCUGUUUUAGACGGUAGGCAGUUGGCAUUGAAGAUCAGUGCAAAUUCUGUCUAUGGGUUUACGGGAGCCACUAUUGGGCAGUUACCAUGCUUAGAAAUAUCCUCAAGUGUAACUAGCUAUGGUAUUUCUUUUGUCGUCAGAUGAUUGAACAAACGAAGAAACUUGUGGAAGAUAAAUUCACAACCCUAGGCGGGUAUGAAUACAAUGCAGAGGUCAUUUAUGGAGACACGGAUUCAGUCAUGGUGCAAUUUGGAGUAUCGGAUGUAGAAACUGCGAUGAACUUGGGGAGGGAAGCUGCGGAACAUAUUAGCGGAGCUUUUAUCAAACCCAUCAAAUUGGAGUUUGAUAAGGUUUAUUUCCCAUAUCUGCUGAUUAACAAGAAGAGGUAUGCUGGUUUGCUAUGGACAAAUCCUCAACAGUUUGACAAAAUAGACACCAAAGGAAUCGAGACAGUACGAAGAGAUAAUUGUUUACUGGUUAAGAACCUCGUAACUGAGAGUCUUAACAAAAUACUUAUUGAUAGAGAUGUUCCAGGCGCAGCUGAGUAUGUUAAGAAAACCAUUUCAGAUCUUCUCAUGAACCGUAUUGACUUAUCACUUUUGGUGAUUACAAAGGGUCUAACGAAAGCAGGGGAUGACUAUGAAGUUAAAUCAGCUCAUGGUGAACUUGCUGAGCGCAUGCGUAAGAGGGAUGCUGCUACAGCGCCAAAUGUUGGGGAUCGAGUGCCAUAUGUUAUCAUAAAAGCUGCGAAAGGUGCCAAGGCUUAUGAACGGUCAGAAGAUCCUAUCUACGUGCUACAGAAUAACAUCCCUAUAGACCCAAAUUACUACUUGGAGAAUCAGAUUAGCAAGCCACUGCUUAGGAUUUUUGAGCCAGUCUUGAAAAAUGCUAGCAAGGAACUUCUCCACGGAAGUCACACUAGGUCAAUAUCAAUUACUACUCCUUCAAACAGCGGCAUAAUGAAAUUUGCUAAGAAACAACUGAGCUGUGUUGGCUGCAAAGUUCCGAUCAGCAAUGGAACACUAUGCGCAAGUUGCAAGGGAAGAGAAGCCGAGUUGUACUGCAAAAACGUGUCUCAAGUGGCGGACCUAGAAGAAGUUUUUGGGAGGCUGUGGACCCAGUGCCAGGAGUGUCAAGGCUCUCUCCAUCAAGAUGUCUUGUGCACCAGUCGAGAUUGCCCUAUAUUUUACCGGAGAAUGAAAGCACAAAAAGACAUGGCUGUGGCGAAGCAACAACUCGAACGUUGGAGCUUCUGAAUAGAAGGUUGUUUUUAGCUCUCCAUUGGUUUCUUUGCUGUUAAAUCUUCCUUAUGGUUUAGAACUUGUAGGUCUUAAUAGGCUUUGAGAUGUUAUAAAAAGGACCUCUUUUGCUUCUUUGUACGUAGCUUUUGAUUAAUACAGAGUGAGAAUUCGUUGUCUUGCA